GAGCCAGUCUCGCGGCUACUUCGCCCGCGAAUAGUCGCGGACGCGUCACCGUGACACGUUAUUGUCGGUGUUCAGUUAAAUUAUAUUCCAUUAUAAACCGAAGGCUGCGCAAAAAUCUAACACCAUGGAUCCCGAAGCAUUCUUAGACCUGGCCAACCAGGUCAUAAAGCUGAAAAUGUAUCCAUAUUUUGAUAUAGCGCAUUCUUUACUAUGCGCUUUAGCGGUGCGAGAAGAUUUAGGAGCUGGCGCGCAGUCGUUUUCCCGCAAGCAUCCCCUAGCAUGCUGGUUGUCCACUAUGCUCGUGAUCUUCGCGGGCGGCAUGGUGGCUAACGGUCUGCUUGGGGAGCCCAUUCUCGCGCCGCUCAAGAAUACACCGCAGCUUGUCAUAGGAACUGUUACUUGGUAUGUCGUGUUUUAUACGCCAUUUGACGUUGGAUACAAAGUGGCCAAGUUCCUCCCAGUGAAGGUGGCCGCUGCAGCCAUGAAGGAAAUCUACCGCGCUAAGAAAGUAUAUGACGGCGUCAGCCACGCCGCUAAGCUGUAUCCUAACGCAUACAUUAUUAUGAUUAUCGUUGGUACGCUAAAAGGAAAUGGUGCAGGAUUUACCAAGUUAGUUGAAAGGCUCAUCCGCGGAGCGUGGACUCCCACGGCGAUGGAAACGAUGCAACCUAGCUUCUACACGAAGGCUUCUCUAGUGGCCUCGGUGAUAUUCGUGCUCGAUAAAAAGACUGACUUAAUAUCGGCGCCGCAUGCGCUCGUGUACUUCGGCAUCGUGAUCUUCUUCGUUUACUUCAAGCUUUCUUCGAUUUUAUUGGGCAUACACGAUCCAUUCGUGCCAUUCGAAAACCUCUUCUGCGCUUUGUUUAUGGGUGGUAUUUGGGACUCACUCGCCAAGCUGCUAGGAAAGGGUCAACCCAAAGAAGAGACGAAGGAUGCCAAAAAAACUAACUAGUUAUUUCUACAUUUCUACCAUUAUCAACUGACACCGACAAUACCUACAAACUGCGACGUUACCUGUAGUCGUUCAGAUAACUAAGAAAAUAAAAUCUUAAAAAAUAAAUAAAAAAAAUUGUAAAAACCAAUAAAUCCUAAAAAAAUGGCACAACGACCAAAGUUCGGAUUUAAUUAUAGUUAAGCUUGACUAGUCAUAACGAUAAGUUUUAAGCGCAUGACGGUGAAUUGUUUCUAAGUUAUUAUUGUGUGAGUUUUAUGUUAAAGUUUAUAAUGUUACUUUAUGUAAUCAAUGCUUUGUGACUUGUAUUCAGUUUUGAGAACAAAACAUACAAUAGUACGGUUUUUAUUAUUAAAUUACAUAUUACCUAUUUUUACCAAAUAUAAUUUUAAUUAACAUACGAUAAUUUCAUAAAAUGUAUUAUAAAAUGUGUAUUAUUUUAAUGAUUACUGAUUGAUAUAAUAUAUUUAAGCAUAAAUUGUUCAAAAUUUUGCAUAACUUUCAUACCUUUACUUAAAAGCACUAUUUUAGUUUGAAAGUGUGACAUUUUAUUUUAAACAUUCGAGCGUUGAAUUUUUUUUUUUUUUUUUAUUCGAAACGACUUUUGCGACUUUUUCGACUUCCUUAAUUACAUUUAAAAUAUAAAUAAAUAUAUAAAGUUCAUGAAAACACUGGCUGAAUCGCAUGGGUGCUAGCAAUGAAGUUCACUGGUUUCGUGAUAUUGUUUUUAAUCAAAAUAUUGCCAUAUUCAUAAAUAUCAUUUAAUACCUAAUUAUCCGGUUUUAAAAUUUAGUAUUUUUAAAGGAAGGAAUAAAAUGAUUUUGUUAAAAA